UUUAUGAACGUCAAAACCACAUGUAAAUAUUUACAAUUUACAAAUUGUUGAUCGCUUCUAAAAAAAUUACUAAUUAAAAUGAGUUUUAGAAAUUAUAAAGAAAAGAUUGAUGAAGGUGAUACAGUAAUUCUUUAUCUAAGCAACAAUCUCCAUGCUAUAGAAGUCAGACCGGAAAUUAAAAACAAAAAAGGUGAAAUGGUAGAAAAUGUUUACCAAACUACUUUUGGUGCACUUAAGGUUAGAAAUCUUAUAGGAUCAGACUAUGGCAGCAGAGUUGAGCUAUCUAAAGGCUGGGGUCAUGUACUGCAACCAACACCAGAGCUCUGGUCGCUGACUUUACCUCAUCGGACACAAAUCAUUUACACUCCGGACAUUAGUAUGAUACUUCUGCAGCUUGACUUGGUUCCUGGAUGCAUUGUUGUAGAAGCUGGUACAGGCAGCGGGUCGCUAACGCAUGCUCUCAUUCGCCGCGUACGACCACACGGGCAUGUCCAUACAUUCGAUUUUCAUGACCAUAGAGCAAAAGUUGCGCAAGAAGAAUUUGAGGAGCAUGGACUUGCAGAAUUUGUCACGGCUCGCCACAGAGACGUUCUCGAAGAUGGCUUUGGAGACGAGCUUAACGGGAAAGCAGACGCAGUAUUCUUAGACUUGCCCAAACCUUGGGCUGGCAUACCUCAUGCUGUAACUGCUAUUAAAGAUGAUGGAGGUCGCUUCUGCUCAUUCUCGCCAUGUAUAGAACAAGUGCAGCGAACAUGUUUGGCGCUCGAACAGCACGGCUUUCAAGACAUCAGCACCAUGGAAGUGCUGCAGAGUGAAUUGAAAGUCAGCAGAAGAACGGUGCCAGUAAGGGAUCUUUCAUUUCUGAAACACAAGGAAUCAAAAAACCCGGUGGAGGAGAAACCAAGCAGUGAAAAGAGUUACGUGGUAGGAGCAUGGCCUGCCAGCACUCCGGGACACACUGGCUACCUCACUGUCGCCACUCUACCACCAAGUUUUACACGAAGUGAGAAAAACAAAACCGAUAAAAUCGGAAAAUUCGAAUGAAACCCCCAAUGGAGAAGACAUGAAGAGUAAUAUAGAAGAGACAAUGUCUGUAGACGAAAAUAACUUGUAAAUAAUUUUAUCAUGGAAAUAAAUUUUAAUAAUAACUGA